AUGGGCUUCACAACUGGCUUCACAGGAGGUGUCACUCUGACCCUCGGGGUUGCGUACCUCACGGUCUUAGCUCACGAACGAAAUCGCGCAUCCCAAGCUCAUGCCCUGCGCAAUCAAUCUCGCGUUCUAACUAGUCUUCUUGAACCUACACCAUUACCACCACCACAGACUCGUGCCGAGCUCGCGAGGGAAGAAAGAAGUACACUCGUAGAAGCUGCAAAGGACCGGUGGAAUAAUGAGGUCGAGAAUGCUGUUAGAUGGGUGCAGCGAACGGAUUGGGAAGGCGUCCGGGUUGGGAUGGAGGGUGCGGUCGCUAGACUUAUUGGGAGCGGUUUAGAGAAAGGCAGAGAAGGAAUUGAAAGUGCGGAGAAAGCUGCUGGACCAAUAGCUAAGGAGGCUAUGGAAAAGAGUAGGCAGGCUGCUGGUAACGGAGCAGAUCAACUUGGGCUCGCGGCCAACAAAGCUCCAACUGAAGCGAAGAAACUGGGCCAUGACUCCAGAGUUGAGGCAGGUAAAAUUGCCACUUCUGCGAAAGAACAGGUCAAUAGGGUUGGAGCAAAAAGUGCCGAGCUUAAAGACGCCACCAAAGAACAUGCCAGUAAGAUUGCGACUUCUGCUCAAGAGCAGGCUGCUUGGGCUGGAGAGAGAGCCGGCGAGUUAAGGGAUGUUGCCAAAUCUCAAGCUCGCGGUACAGCUGCCGAUGCGGAGACCCAAGCUCAAGCAGCUGCUGAUCUCGUACGGCGAAGUGGUGGCACUAUCGACGCUGCUCGUGGUGCCGUUCGGGACGUCAUAUCGUCAGGCAUUGAGAAAGGCAAGGAAGCGUUGGGUAAAGCUCAAGCUGCUAUAGGAUUUGUUGAGAACAAGGCGGUGUCUGGACAGACAGCCCCUGUUCCUUCAGCCGUUGAAAAAGCAUUGCAUGAGCGAUAUGAGAAGGCGAAUGGAUUAAAUAAGAGUGUCGAGCAAGUAUUGGAAGAGAGAUAUAAGCCUAUAGACACAAGAGACAACACUGUCUUGAGAGGAGUGUAG